UCCACCUCAGUCAAUUUGGGCGAGGGUAGUUCGGAAAUUGCGGAGGGCGAAGAAGAUAACGUGCCUAAUCCAAAAAUCCAAUCCAAUUGAAAGGUUCGCAAAUUACCCCUUCCCAGGGAAUUGCAUUCGCUUCACCCACAUGUACACAACACAGCUGAGAAUUAGGAAGAAGGCAACAGCAAUCAUCAGAUUGUUUUAAUUGAAAAAAAAAUGUCGAUUUCAGCUAUAUUUGGUACGAGAAUCGCGGCGCUGCCAAAUUCUUCUUCUGGGUUCGUAGGUGGCGAUGCUCCGACGAAGGCAAUGCCAAGAAGGGUCGCCGUUGGCGGAGGAACAGCGGUUAUAGAGUGCUCGUCGCGGCCGAAGAAAAAGGCGACGGCUCACCACAUGAAGACGAGGCCUCGCAAGUCUCAGCUUUGGGACAUCAAGCGCCGCCCCACUGUUUACCCUCCUCUCCCUCCCAUGCCUCCCGAGUGGACCCUCGUUUCCCCCGCCGCCGAUGCCGACGCUUCUGCCGCAGAACCCCCCGCCGCGGCCCCUUCUCCUUCGCAGGAACUUCGAAGCGAGUAGGACUCUGAUUUAGGUUAAUCGUUAAUGGACGAUCUUCGUUUCCUCCUCCUCAAUGUUUCUAUUUAUGUAAUGUUUUAAAUUCUGUUGGGUCUUCAAGUUUAUCAUGAAUGGGAUACUUCCUCGGUGCUUUAGUUUACUUUAUGCUAUCCCAGCAUGGAACGAAACGAAGCUGCGUUUUCAUGAGCCUACUAGCUACUACAUGUUUGAUGAUAGCCCCAGUAGAGAUGAAUGGAACGAAAUGAUGGUAGCUUGGAUUUCAGAA